UUUGUCACAACAGUAUACACAAACAAUUGUCACAGAUAAAACAACAUAUCUUGAAGAAUAUAUAUAUAUAUAUAUAAGUAAAAAAAUAUGCAUCAACUAUAUUAAUUUGAUAUAAUGUAGGGAACAAUAGGACAGGAACGGUAGGCACUAUUGUGCUCUUAUGCACGCCCCUUAUAGUCCUCUUAGGAAUGGGGUGAGGUCAAUAGUAGACAGUUUUUGGUUGAAGAUUUUGGGAUUUUGAGUAGAGACCAUGGAGUCAGGUAAUGAGUUCCAAGCAUUAACAACUCUGUUACAGAAGUCAUAUUUUCUGCAAUCAAGUUUGAAGCGGUUGACAUUUAGCUUGAAUCUAUUUUUUGCUCUUGUAAUAUUGCGAUUGAAGCUGAAGUAGUCUUUUAUAGGAAGGAUAUUGCAAUAGAUGAUUUUGUGUGUUAAACACAGGUCAUGUCGAAGUCGACGGAGUUGUAAGUUUUCUAAUCCCAGGAUUUCAAGUCUGUUGGUAUAAGGUAUUUUGUUGUUUUCGGAGGAGUGAAGAACUCUUCUAGUGAAAUAUUUCUGGACUCGUUCUAUUGUAUUUAUGUCAGAGAUGUGGUAUGGGUUCCAGACGGAUGAGCUGUAUUCAAGAAUAGGUCUGGCAAAUGUUUUGUAUGCUCUAGUUAGUAGUGUAGAGUUUUUAGAAAAGAAGCUGCGUAAAAUUAGGUUUACAACUCUUAGGGCCUUUUUUGCUAUGUAGUUGCAGUGGGCUUUGGCACUUAGAUCAUUUGAUACGAAAACUCCAAGAUCUUUGACAGGGUGGGGAUCUUUGGUGCAUACGCUCUCACUGCACAUAAAAGAAAAGAUACGUUCAUCAAGAAUCAUAAGGUACAACCCUUAAUGAGUCAUAGAAUAGAAUAGAAUAGAAUAGAAUAGAAUUCUUUAUUGGCCAAGUGUGAUUGGACACACAAGGAAUUUGUCUUGGUACAUAGGCUCGAAGCGUACAUAAAAGAAAAAAAAAGAAAGAAAAAGGCCCACAGAUUGUUUUGCAGGCCAAGCUAACGGCUCUAACGGUCCCUUUUGCAAAACAAACAAACAAACAAACAACAACCACGUGGUGGGGGUGGAGUCGCAAAGGGAAAAACCUGGCCGAACAACCACCCCCGCCCGCAGAACCCGCCGAGAAUGCUGGGAUUCCGAGUCCGUUCCUCAAUAGCAAAGCCUAAACUGCCUCCUCUUGCGAGACUGCAGUUCCCGAAAGGCUGUGCGAAGCGAACGCACAGGUGUAGCGCCGCACGGCUCUCUGGGAGAGGCGGGCACCUUUGCAGGGAAAAAGCGAACUUCGUUUCCCAGCAUGCCUUUGGGCAAGCGGCCAAACCGGAAGAGGCGUUGCCGUGGUCACCGAAAGCAGCUCGCCCGCUCUUCGCCGCGGCUCAGCCGGCAGCGUCCCGGGGACGGAGUUUCCUCGCCUCCCUCCUCCCCGGGGCCAAAGCGCGGAGCGGAGAGCCAGCGCCAUGGGCGGGGAGGAGGAGGAGGUCCUGCGCAUCGCCAAGCGGCUCGACAAGAUGGUCGCCAAGAAGAGCGUGGGGCAAUGGACUUGCUGAAGGAACUGAAAAGUAUGCCGAUAACCCUGCAUUUACUACAGAUGCUUCCGAAGAUAAGAGAGAUGAAAAGAAGAAGAGUUCUCUGCCAGCCUCUUCUUCAAAAGAGAUGGGUGAUUCACGAGACCAAAGCUCCAUCAAAAGGCAGGAGUCGGUAAAAACUCCCACCACUCCCAAAAUCACUACUUUCCCCCCAGUGCCCAUCUCGUGCGACACAGUUCGAGGCAAAUGCCGAGAAAUGUUAACUUCGGCUCUCCAGACAGACAAUGACUAUGUGGCCAUUGGUGCUGACUGUGAGCAACUUGCUGGCCAGAUUGAAGAAUUUAUAUUCCAAGAUGUGAAGAACACAGAUUUGAAAUACAAAAAUCGGAUCAGGAGCCGCCUCUCCAACCUCAAGGACUCCAAGAACCCUGACCUCCGAAAGAAUGUCUUGUGCGGAGUGAUCACCCCCGAACAAAUCGCGGUGAUGACCUCAGAGGAAAUGGCCAGCAAUGAACUGAAAGAGAUCCGCAAAGCCAUGACCAAGGAAGCCAUCCGGGAGCAUCAGAUGGCCAAAACAGGAGGGACUCAGACAGACCUUUUCACUUGUGGCAAGUGCAAGAAAAAGAACUGCACCUACACUCAGGUGCAAACCCGCAGUUCGGAUGAGCCAAUGACAACCUUCGUGGUUUGUAACGAAUGUGGAAAUCGCUGGAAGUUCUGCUGAAAACAGUCUCCCAGGGGAGCAGCCACAGCCGAUUCAGGGCCCCGAGUUCUGCCACGGACUCCUGCAAGUACCGCCAGCAGUUGUUUUUUUUUUUUUUGUGUCCUGUUUUGUCGCCCGAGUUUGCUUUGUGCUCUGCACAUCAUCCAGGAGGGCCCGGCUGCCUGCACCCCUGUAGGAAGUAGCAGCGGCUGGGAAUGGAGGCCAUCGGGAUGGCACCGGAUGGAAAGUUUACUCAGACCAGCCAGCUGAUUGUGAGAAUGUGGGACAGCAAAUUUUGUUUUUUUUGUUUUUGGUUCUUGUUUUGUUUCUUUUCUCUUAAAACGGCCAGGCUUCGAGCCUCAAAGAUGUACAGAAGCUUCUUGCGACUCUUUCCUUGGCUCCGGGUGCAACUCUCAAAAGCUACAACCAGUAUUAACCCAACUCCCUCGUCCCGGGUUCAAGGCUCCUUUUGUGUUUUGCCGGAUGACAUUUUUAUCGCUUUCCAUUGGACAAACCCUGCCCGGUUUGAAAACCUCCCAGCCCAUCUACCAAAUAAGUGUUAUUCUUCGUCCUGCUUAUCGUUUUGUUUUGCAGGGUGGCUGGAACGAAUAGGAAAUAAAGAGUUAAAAGUGUUUCUCCCUCCCCCCCCUGCCCCUCAAAUCGGUUGAAACAUAUGAUAUAAUAAUAAUAAUAAUAAUAUUUUAAUUUGUAUACCGCCCUUCUCCCGAAGGACUCAGGGCGGUGAACAACCAAAUAAAAUUCAAACACACACACAUACAAUAGAAUAGACAUAGAAUCUCCCGUGCCUGGGUUGUGAAGCCAAACAUCUUAGGAAAGUUGGCCAUUGUUAUUAACGAGGUGAAAAAUGUGAGCUUCGAAAGAAAACUAGGUGAGGGGGGAGAAAAUUACCAAAAUUCAAAAGUGGAAAAUAGCUUUAAUUUCAGCAGAAAAAAAGCAGAUAAUGAAUUUCUUGCAAUCUUUCAGCCUCCUUUUUAAGUUUGCAGCUUGCAGACUUUGGAGGACUGCCGUGCGUAAAACGGCUUGCAACCAUCUUGACUGUUGUGUCUGCAGUCCCUCACUUUGCUGCAUUCCUUGUGUGUCCUCGGAAUACAACUGCCACAUGCUACAGGUGUCUACACGCCCGUUUCUAUUUUCCACAUAAGACCCAGCCUCUGCGUUGUGAACCCACGCAGAUACACACAAAUGUGAGGAGCGCCAUUUUAUACUUGAAGUGGGUAAUUUGGCCUGCAUGCCCAGGUCCCUCUGCAGCCUCUUUAAGUGCAAGUGUUAUUAACACAAAAGUAUUUUGAGUUUGUUAAAUGAACAUUUCUAGCGGUGUGAAGGAAGGAAAAGGGAGAAGUUUGCUUAGGCCGGUGGUAUUUAAAUACUGUGUAAGUUCUGAGAAAAGAGUUGGAAAAGAUUUUAGACCAGUGUGACUCAAAUUUCCAGACCAGUGGACUUCAACUCCCAGAAUUCCUCAGCCAGCACAGCUGGCUGGGGGAUUCUGGGAGUUGAAGUCCACCUGUCAGAACGUUUGCCAACUUUGAGAAAUAUUGUUUUAGAUCUUCCCCUCCGGUCAUCCAAGCUUACCAGACAAAUGAAAGCCUGAACAAUCAAUUUAUGUUUUGAGAAAGAUGGUUCACCCAAAGGAACUUGGAUUUGUACCUCUGCUGCCACAUCUCGUAAUCGGGCCCUCUUCUCGUUUUAUUUUAUAUUAAAUUUUAUUUUGUGUGUUCCAUGUACAGUCGUAAAUGCAAAAACAAUAAACUUCCUUCACAAAGCACAGAGCCAUCUGGUUUCGAUGCAGCGCACCCGCCGCGCCAGUUGAAAACGUCAAUUUUUAAAAAUAAUAAUAAUAAUAAUUAAAAUUGAGGGGAAAAGCAGAGCUUUUUCUGUGGAUGGCCACUCUUCUGUUGCCUAAACUACCACUCAUUUCAAACCCUGCCAGGUUACCCAGCAUGCUUUCCCUAACCUUGGUUGGUUUUAACCAUGGUUGGUCUUAGUGUGUGUGCCUCAAUCUACCUUGGCAAUUCUUGACUUAUAAUAGUUCGUUUAGUGACCAUUUGAAAUGACGAUGGCCCUGAAAAAAAAAGCGACUUAUGACCAUAGUUCACCCUUAAUGACCGUUGACGCAUACCCACGGUCACGUGAGCAGAAUUCGGCCGCUUGGUGACUGACUCAUAUUUAUGACGGUUGCAGCAUCCCCCAAGUCACGUGAUCCUCUUUUGCGACCUUCUGACAAGCAACGUCAAUGGGGGAAACCAGAUUCACUUAACAACCGUGCACCAACUGAACAAGCGCAGCUGAUUCACUGAACCACUGUGGCAAGAAAAGUCGUAAAAUGGGGCCAAACCCACUUAUCUGUCUCGCUUAGCAACAGAAUUUUGGGCUCAAUUGCGGUCGUAAGUCGAGGACUACCUGUAGUAAGCUUACGGCUCACCGAAUUACGUAAACACUGAUAAUAGAUUAACCCAAUGAGCAGGCUGAAGUUGUUGCGUGACCAAGGUUUGGGAAAAUAACACACGAUUUGCGUUCAGUUGAACAAGAGGCAAUAAAAUCCGCAGUGCUAAGGUGAUUUGUCGCCUCAGUUGAACAUGAUUUGAAAUGUCCCCAAUGGGAGGAUCUGAAACCAUGAGAGAGAGGGAAAAGAGUAAGAGAGAGAGGGCCCUUGUGUCCUGCCUCAUUUUAAGCCAAUGUUUUUCAAACUUGGCCACUUU